AUAUUGUAUUUAUCUCCUUGACAAUACUUGACUACAGUCUUAUUAGAGUUUUUGUUUGGAAAAAUGAUCCCCAUGUCUGGGUUUAUCUUGUGCCAAAGGGCACCUACCCACUGUGCAACAUAAUGUUUUGUACUUCUCUCUACCUCACCCUAGUUCUGGGGCUAGAAAGAUACCUUGCAGUGUGCUUUCCAACUUCAUAUAGAGAAUUCACCCUUAGCUACUCAGCUAACACAAGACUGUUACUGUACGUUUCUCCAGUUGUGCUUAUAAGCAUUCUUCUUAAUAUAUCCAAAUAUUUCGAGACAAGAAUUGUAAACAGACAACAAGAAAACAUAGACAGUGGUGAUACGACAAUGAUAGAUAUGGAACUAACCGAACUAUUCCGGGAUCCGAACUAUAUAAAGUACUACAGUUUCUACACAAGGCUAAUCGCGACUGGUAUAAUUCCCGUUGUUUUCUUGACGUUUUUCAACAUAAAGAUAUACCAGGGCAUCAAAGGAGUCCGAACUAGGAUGGAACAGAAUGGAGUUGGAUCAAGAAGACAACAGGAGGCAAUAAGUGAACUGAAUCUUGCAAUCGUCCUGGUCUGUGUGGUGGUCGUCUUCCUUAUCUGUCAUAUACCUCGUAUUCUUCUCAAUAUGUUCGAUGUUCUUCAUAUCAACGAUAUUCUAAGAUGUGAGGGAAAAUAUGAGUCUCCAGCCUGGUUUAAAUGUAUGGCAGGGUUUAAUCAUCUUCUUCUUAUUCUGAACAGUUCCUGCAACUUUAUAAUCUACUGCUCGUUAAACCAAAAUGUGAAAGAAUACCUCGUUAAAGUAAUUUCACGACUAACGCUAAGGUUCAGGUUUAUGGGAAGGGAGGAGGAGAACCAUGGAAUAGAAAUUCAAACACUGGCAACUACAGAGGUUUAGUGUUUAUGCAUUAUGCAGACAAUGGCAACUACAAAGGUUUAGUGUAUAUGCAUUAUGCAGACACUGGCAACUACA